AUGGCAGACCACCACCUUUUACAUUAUAACGACUCCGCGGGGAUCGGCAACCGAUUCGCCCGCAAAGGCGCUUUGCGGCAGAAAAACGUGCACGAAGUGAAAAAUCACAAAUUCACCGCGAGGUUUUUCAAGCAGCCGACCUUCUGCAGCCACUGUACGGACUUCAUCUGGGGAUUCGGCAAACAAGGAUUCCAAUGCCAAGUGUGCUGUUUUGUGGUUCACAAGCGCUGCCACGAGUUUGUAACCUUCUCCUGUCCCGGAGCUGACAAGGGUCCCGACACAGACGAUCCCAGAAGCAAGCACAAGUUCAAAAUCCACUCCUACGGCAGUCCCACCUUCUGCGACCACUGUGGCUCUCUGCUGUACGGCCUCAUCCACCAGGGCAUGAAAUGUGACACCUGCGACAUGAACGUGCACAAGACGUGCGUGGUCAACGUGCCCAGCCUGUGCGGGACGGACCACACGGAGCGCCGGGGUCGCCUCUUCCUCAAGAUUGAGGUCAGCGGCGACAGGCUUCACGUCACAGUGGGCGAAGCCAGAAACCUGAUCCCUAUGGACCCAAACGGUUUAUCAGACCCUUACGUCAAACUCAAGCUCAUCCCGGACCCAAAGAACGCAACCAAACAGAAGACCAGGACCAUCCGUUCAUCCCUGAACCCGUGCUGGAACGAGUCCUUCACCUUUAAGAUGAAAGUAUCCGACAAGGACCGUCGUCUGUCCAUCGAGGUGUGGGACUGGGACCGGACCACCAGGAACGACUUCAUGGGCUCGAUGUCGUUUGGAGUGUCCGAGCUGAUGAAAGCUCACACGUGCGGCUGGUACAAGUUGCUGAACCAAGAGGAGGGCGAGUAUUAUAACGUGCCCAUCCCAGAGGUGGACGACGUGGAUCUGGAGCUCCGACAAAAGUUUGAGGUCAGCUUGUACUGUGGCAUCUCAAUAAAGAAAGCCAAGCUGGGCCACGGCAAGAAGGUCAUCGCGCCGUCGGACCGCCGGCGCUUCAGCCUCCCGUCGGGCAACGCCGAGCGCCUCCGCCUCAGCGACUUCAACUUCCUGGCCCUGCUGGGGAAAGGGAGCUUCGGCAAGGUGAUGCUGGCCGAGAUGAAGUCCACGGAGGAGCUGUACGCCGUCAAGAUCCUGAAGAAGGACGUGGUCAUCCAGGACGACGACGUGGAAUGCACCAUGGUGGAGAAGAGGGUGCUGGCGCAGAGAGACAAGCCGGCCUUCCUCACGCAGCUCCACUCCUGCUUCCAGACCGUGGAUCGCCUUUACUUUGUGAUGGAGUACAUCAACGGAGGCGACCUCAUGUAUCACAUCCAGCGGAUGGGCAAGUUCAAGGAGCCGCAGGCCGUCUUUUAUGCAGCCGAGAUCGCCGUCGGCCUCUCUUUCCUGCACCGGAAGGGAAUCAUCUACAGGGACCUGAAGCUGGACAACGUGAUGCUGGACUCGGAAGGCCACAUCAAGAUCGCCGACUUCGGCAUGUGCAAGGAGAACAUGUACGAAGGAAUGUCCACGCGCACCUUCUGCGGCACGCCCGACUACAUCGCACCAGAGAUUAUAGCCUACCAGCCGUAUGGAAAGUCAGUGGACUGGUGGGCAUACGGAGUUCUUCUGUAUGAGAUGCUGGCGGGACAGCCGCCGUUUGAUGGUGAGGACGAGGACGAGCUCUUCCAGUCCAUCAUGGAGCACAACGUGUCCUACCCCAAGUCCAUGUCCAAAGAAGCCGUGUCCAUCUGCAAAGGGCUGAUGACCAAACACCCUUCGAAGCGGCUCGGCUGCGGGCCCGAGGGCGAGCGCGACGUCCGGGAGCAGGCCUUCUUCCGACGCAUCGACUGGGAGCGGCUGGCCAACGGGGAGAUACAGCCGCCGUUCAAGCCCAAAGUGGGUGGCAAAGGAGCGGAAAACUUUGACAAGUUCUUCACGCGCACGCAGCCCAUGCUAACCCCGCCGGACCAGAUGAUGAUCGCCAACAUCGACCAGAGCGAGUUCGCCGGCUUCUCCUACAUCAACCCGCAGUUCGUGCCCCCGUCGCUGCACAGCGUCGUGUGAGCGCCGCGCGGGACCACGGCGGACUCGAAAUCUCUCCCCCCCCCCAAAAAAAAAAAACAACCAUCUGACGUAAUCCUCCGCAAACGUCAGACAUGGAAGUAUUACUUCUGUAUACUGCGCAGACGUGACUGAGGAGCGCACUGGGGCCGUGCUGCGCAGACCCCGCCCCCUUCCCGAACCUGCCCCUCCCCCGUUCUCCUUCCUGCAACACGCUGCAACGCACGACGAGAACAUCCGCUGUACAUUUCCUCCACGUAUUUCCAAACAACACAAGUAGUACACGCGAGUGCCAAAGUGCGAGCGGAUGGAAAUUCCCGUCGCAGUUUGCGCAAAUUGAGCGGAACAACUUUUGGUUUUGUGUCCUUUCGCUAGGCGAGGCCGCGCAGGGCGACGCGCGGCCAGGCGGCGGCCUCAUCCGGUAUCGUGAAGCUAUUUCCAAACACCCAACGCUGUCGCGCGCUUACUUUCCGACUCUCAUGGGGAUUCCGUCCUACGACGACGUGCGAGGUUUCUUGUGCUGUAUGUCGGCCGUCCCUGUUAACAAUUUUGUAAAUACGUUUCCGCGUAAAAAGAGGUUUUCUAUGAAGAACUGAAUGUGCUUUUUUCAAGCCGUCUGUUUCGACAUUGCCAAGGUGAGAUUUGGCUUUGCAGUAAUGUUGUAACGCAACGCUUUACUCCCCAUAGUCGUGCUUCUCCAACUCAUUACACCAAGUAGCACCUCAGAAAGUCCUUUGCUCGCCAAGUACCGCCGUCAUGACCAACAUAUUCAUUAAAAGCAACACGGAAAAUGUAUUUCUGGAACGUAUCUUUAACACACCGGCGCCUUGAGAUACAAGUGACCCGACUUAAGAGUGUUUCGGAUCCGAGCCGUGCGGUUGUUGGACAGAUUUUUUUGCUUUGACGUGCGGGCAAAUUUUUGAGAUAUGAGCUCUGUAUGGCGGCAGUGAACUCUUUUUUUUUUU